AUGGCCCUGGGGCUGCUCAUCGCGGUGCCGCUGCUGCUGCAGGCGGCCACCCCCGGCGCCGCGCACUACGAGAUGAUGGGCACCUGCCGCAUGAUCUGCGACCCGUACAGCGCUGCUCCCGGUGGAGGCCCCGCGGGCGCCAAGGCGCCGCCGCCUGGACCCAGCACCGCCGCCCUGGAAGUCAUGCAAGACCUGAGCGCCAACCCUCCGCCCCCUUUCAUCCAGGGACCCAAGGGCGACCCGGGGCGACCGGGCAAGCCAGGGCCGCGGGGGCCCCCUGGAGAGCCGGGCCCGCCUGGACCCAGGGGUCCCCCGGGGGAGAAGGGCGACUCCGGGCGGCCCGGGCUUCCAGGGCUGCAGCUGACGGCGGGAGCGGCCGGAGGGGAAGGAGUAGUGGGUGGCGGGACCCGGGGCGGCGGCGACUCUGAGGGCGAAGUGACCGGCGCGCUCAGCGCCGCCUUCAGUGGCCCCAAGAUCGCCUUCUACGUGGGUCUCAAGAGCCCCCACGAAGGCUACGAGGUGCUCAAGUUCGACGACGUGGUCACCAACCUCGGCAAUCACUACGACCCCACCACCGGCAAGUUCAGCUGCCAGGUGCGCGGCAUCUACUUCUUCACCUACCACAUCCUGAUGCGCGGCGGCGACGGCACCAGCAUGUGGGCGGACCUCUGCAAGAACGGGCAGGUCCGGGCCAGCGCCAUCGCUCAGGACGCAGACCAGAACUACGACUACGCCAGCAACAGCGUGGUGCUGCACCUGGAGGCGGGGGACGAGGUGUACGUGAAGCUGGACGGCGGGAAGGCGCACGGAGGCAACAACAACAAGUACAGCACGUUCUCCGGCUUCCUUCUCUACCCGGACUAG